AUGAACUCUAAUGCAAACAAAAUAAAUCCUACGAAAAUAACGGCAAAAUUCAGAUGGAAUCUACUUCGUUCGAUAAUCCUAUCAUCAUCUAAUACUCAACAUACAAUGAAUCCAACAAAAAAGCAUCAAGAAUUUAUUUUAUUUCCUCGGCGAAAAAGAGCCUUGACCAAUAACGAUGACAUACCACAAUUGGAAGAAUGGUUCACUUAUGAUCUUUAUGAUCAUGUGACCUUGGAUGUUAGGAUCAAAAUUCCUAGAAAAAUUGAUAUAAAAGCAACUUUUGCUACUGAAUACUCUGGAAUUUUGAAUACGGGUAAUUUAUGUAUUUGGCCAUCAGAAGAAACCAUUUUGAAUUCAAAUAAGGAACUCUUCUCUGAUGUGGAUAUGUGUUCCGUGCAGAUGCUUUGGAAUAAGAAUACCGUAUACGACAUUCAGUAUAAUAUUGUCAUAUGUGCUGACUGUACUUUUGAUAAAGAAACACAUCCGCACCUUCUCCAUGUUAUACGUUCUAUUCUAAAAAAAUCAGACAAAAGCUUGUUUAUUCUAUGUGCACCUCGUCGAGGUGAUAGUCUACAAGCAUUUGUCACGUUAUUAGAAACUACUGGUGAAUUCCGCGUAGAAUUGUUAGAAAAAUAUGAUGAGAUAGUAUGGAAAUCUCAUGGGAAAAGUCUAAAAGAAGAACAAGGUUACUAUAAUACAGACUCUCAUUAUCCUCUAAUUGUACGCGCUUCUUGGAACUUAUAA